CCCCUAUUUGAUAGGAACGGUUGUUUACGGUUGGGUCUGCUGUCCCACGAGAGGUUGCCAAGUGCCAUACCUCUUCAACUCUUCUCCUUUUCUUCUUAACAACAACAACACCGAAAAAAUGGCGUAUCAACCAGUUCGUCAUCAGCGCGUAAUAAGCGCAGACAGCCUGACUCCUCUCACAGCGGCCAUAGAGCCUCAAGCAGGGGAUGACAAUCACAACAAUCCCCAGUCUAUCCCAUAUGUAAACAUCAACGACAUGCAAGCCGCUAAUGCCGGCAUUGUUCCUCAACAACCAGACCAGAUACACCCGGUUCAACAGUCUCUAUACGCCGACCAGCAGCAAUUUUAUGACUACCAAUACAACAAUGGCAACUACCAAAGCCCUCCGAUCCAACAAUCCGACAGUAAGCUCUCAGCCAUCUUUUCCAAAAACGGCACCUGGACCUACGAAACCAUCAGCAUGCUGGUCGCCCUGGGCGCCGUCGCCUCCAUCAUCGCCGUCCUAGCCACCUACGACGGCCAACCCCUUCCUUCCUGGCCUCACUGGAUCACUCUCAACGCCGUAAUUGCCAUCCUAGCCACCGUCGCCACAGCCAGCAUGAGUGUCCCGCUAUCAAGCGGGCUGGGACAGCUAAAAUGGAUUCGCUUCAAGCAAGGCCGGGCCCCUCUAAGCGACAUGGAAAUCUACGACGACGCGAGCCGCGGCGCCCUCGGAGCCGUGAACAUGCUCGUCCGCGCGCGGGGCGGAUUCGCGGGUAGUUUUGGUGCCGUGGUGAUGAUCGUUGCGCUGUUUCUCAGCCCUUUUGCUCAGCAGAUCGCUACUUUUCCCACGCGGAUGGUCGAGAACCCGUCCGGAGCAGUCAACUACCGCACCGAAACGUACGGCCUCGCCCUUCACGGCAAGGGAGAGCUCGGCCAGGCUUUUGUUCCCAUCCUGCCCAUCAAGGCGGCCGUGUAUAAAGGUCUCUUCGCCGAGGACGGUAGGCCAUGGAUGGGUUUGCCCUUUCAGUGUUCAACAGGCAACUGCACAUUUCCGCCCAUCGAGACCCUAGGUGUAUGCCAUAAGUGCGUCGACAUGUCCGAGUACAUGACGCGGUACUGCCCUCCUGGUAUUUCUAAUCAAGACAACUGCGGCUGGCAAUUACCUUCGGGCGCCGCCAAACUCAACUCCUCUGAUCACGUCUUCGGCAUGACCUCUCUUUUUCCCGGCUCUGCCACAGGUGACGCUACUUACAGCACCAUCAUGAAACUCAUCUUCAUGGGCACCGAAACCAACGCCACCGGCCCUGGCGUCCUCGCCCCCUGGGCAACACAAUGUUCUCUUACCGUCUGCCUCCAAACUUUGACCUCCAACAUCACCAACGGCUUCCUCCACGAAUCCCAUCUCGGCGAGCCCAUCACCAACGACACAGUCCCCUCUUUGUCCUCCCUCUCCAGCAGCAUCAACGCCCUUGAGCCUCUAACCAUCCAAUCCCCCACCAACUCUUCCCUCACCUACUCCAUGUCCAUGCAAUCCAUCUUGGCCAUGCAAUCCUGGUUUUCCCGAUUAUUCGCCAACGGCACCGCCUCCCGUAACCCCAACUACAUCAACCAGACCAUCUCCAAAUUACCUUCCCUAAACUCCUCCCCCAACGUCGUGGUAAACCUAACGGUCGGCAUCUCCUCAGGCGAAACCUUCUUCGACACCGACAUCGUCCAGGCCUUUUACUGGAACUACUACGAAUACCCCUCCCCUUCGUCCCCACCCAAGGGUCUAGAAAUGCUCAUGUCCGAUCUGGCCGUCGCUCUCACCUCUACUUUUCGAACCCUGACUGCCGUGCCCAUCAACGGCACCUCGCUUAGCUACGAAACAUUUGUUUCCGUGCGGUGGGGCUUCGUGGCGUUGCCUGUCACGGCGGUGAUUCUCGCGGCGGUGUUCUUGGGGUUGGCGGCCUGGGAGACCAAGAGAAGCGGGGCGAGCUUGUGGAAGACGAGCGCGCUGGCCAUGUUGUUCCAUGGCUUGGAUGAGGAUGCGAGGGAACGGUUUGAGGAUUUGAGGAGUUUGGAGGCCAAGAAGAGGGAGAGUAGGUAUGUCAAGGUUAGGUUGAGUACCUCUAGCAAUGGAACACUGAACGGAAGUGUCCAGCUGGGCAUCGACAUCUGA